AUGAAAUCCGCCAAGCAAAAAACCCCCAAAAAGGAGGUAGAAUUCUUAAAAAAUCUGCCAUCGGAGAUCGUAAUCGAAAUUCUGUCAAGGCUUCCGCUUCGAACAAUCGGAAUCUGCAGACGCGUUCGUAAGUCAUGGCGAGAUCUGAUCCAAACUCUCGAUUUCGCCAAUUUUUAUCUUCCUAGAUCUGUCUCGGGCCUGGUUACCUGUUUUGACUUCGACAGUUACCACGUUUUUGCAUUCGAAGACGAACUCGAUCUCGAAGAUCCCGAUCGUAACUACGAUUCAUUAACGAGCUUUGAUUGCAGUGGAUUGGGCCUUAGCAUAUGCGAUUUAAGAGGUUCCGUUAACGGCUUGCUUUUUAUGCACCCGUUAAGCUCUAUAUCCUCUGAUUAUUACAUAUGCAAUCCAAUCACUCGCGAGUAUAUCAAGUUUCCGUACGAACAGAGGCUGCUCGAAGAAGAUUUCAAAGGAACGGUCAAUUACGGAUUUGGGGUGAGCAAUGUGAGUGGACAGUAUAAGGUGGUUAAGAUUGUUCAUGUUAGGAAGUCUAUUUGCCACGUGUACACUCUCGGAACAGGAAAAUGGAGAAGAAUUGCCUGUGGUGCCCGAUUGGGAAGAAACGACUAUUCGAAUGGGGCGUUUAUUAAUGGAUGCCUUCACUGGUUUUUACAAGAUUACGAGAGCUCUGGUUUGAUUUCUUGCUUCGAUCUUGAGACGGAAACUUUCAGUACGUUUUCUCAUCCGCCUCUUCUGUGGAGACGACAUUCUCCGAACCUAGUAGCUCUGGGGGAUUGCUUGUGUAUAUGCGACAAUACAGACGACGAAAUUGAUUUUUGGGUUAUGAAGGAAUACGGAAAUGAGAAAUCUUGGACAAAGCAAUUUGUUAUUCGAAAAGAUUAUGGACAUUGUUAUGGUGAACAACCUCGUGGAACCGUUUAUCCUAUCAAACUUUUCAAAGACGGUCAUGUGUUGAUGACGUGGCAGCGAGACUAUAGCUGGUUCUACGACAUGUUUUACUACUCCAACAAAACUAAAAUUACUCAAAAGAACCGGAAGUUAAUGACUAGGGUUGCUAGUCCCAUGCAGGCAAUGCUUUAUACGCCGAGCUUUCUUUCGCUCAAGACUUUCCCGAGAGAGAACGUGACCAAAUUCUUUUGGUUUAGGUGAUUAUUGAAACAUCACAAUCCAAUUAGGAAAAAUUAA